CUUUCUCACUCUACCGCCCUAACAAGUAGUAGCAGAGAGAGAGAGAGAGAGAAAGGGUGAGGUCAAAAAUGGUGCAGAGGCUUACAUACCGUUCGCGCCAUAGCUAUGCUACCAAGUCCAAUCAGCACCGGAUCGUCAAAACCCCCGGUGGGAAGCUUGUGUAUCAGACUACUAAGAAGCGAGCAAGUGGACCCAAGUGUCCUGUGACUGGAAAGAGAAUCCAAGGGAUUCCUCACUUGAGACCUGCUGAAUAUAAGAGGUCUAGACUAUCAAGGAACAGGAGGACUGUGAAUCGUGCCUAUGGUGGUGUUCUGUCUGGUGGAGCUGUCAGAGAGAGGAUAAUUAGAGCCUUUUUGGUGGAAGAGCAGAAGAUAGUGAAGAAGGUUUUGAAGAUUCAGAAGGCCAAAGAAAGGGCAGCAUCAAAGAGCUAAGAUGCUAUAGAGUUCCUGUUUUCAUAUUUAUUGAUCUGCAUGCUAGAAAUUUUGACAUUUAUUGAGAGGAUGAAGAUUGUUGGAACAUUAUUUGUUUUCAUGAAAUGCACACAAAUCUUUUGAACUA